AUGACCUGGGACCCACGGAAGCUUGCGGCACUGAAGCUGCUGAGGCCCUUGUACUUCUUCUCGUCGCGUUCUGGGCAGCACACCACUCCAGCUCAGCUGAGACAGCACUGGCUGCGGUGUGCUGCUGCCGCCAAGCCAUUGGCGGUGUUGCACUUGUUGCAGCAGAUGCUGACGCAAGAUGGCGAUGACUCCUCCAACGCGAAG